AUGUCAAAUUUAUUGGAAAAUAUUUCAAAAAUGUUGGAUUGUACUGAGGAAUCUGUGCGUUUUAAAUUAACAAAUAAUUCUGAAAGAGAAAAAGUUCUUGAUGAUAUUAAGGGAAAAGCUUUUAAGACAACCUACUUUGAUAAAAGCGGUGCAAAAAAAAUUAUAUUCUGCGAUGGAAUUACUACAUUAGGAUCUCAUCAAAUAUGGGCAUAUGGAAAUCUUCGGGCACCUUUUAAUAUUAAUGUUAGUGCCUAUUUUCAUGCACGACACAAAAUUUCAUUGAAAUAUCCAUUUCAUCAAUGUGUAUUCUAUAAAAACUGUUACUAUCCGAUAGAAUUGCUUGAGCUUUGUAGUGUUAAUGAGGAAACUGAUUCUGAAUCGUCAAUUAUUUUGAAAAAUAAGCGCUCGCACGCUUCAUCAUCAUCUUCAUCAGUUUCUGAAAUAUCAGUUGAUACGGUUUGCUCUAAUUCGACAUCGAAAGAAAAAGAUAUUCUUCGGAAAAAGAAAGAUAAUUCACAUAGGCAUGGGAUACUCUGGCUUCAUGACACUGAAAAGAAACUAUGGGAAAAGCAUGAUAUUAUUCUUUUUCAAAACAAGUAA